AGACUGUUUGCCUCUUGUAAUCCCUCUCGACACUCAUACUACAAUGCUGUUGAGUAGUUGUGUACGCCGCUCGCUCGGCAGUCGUAGUCUGCGAUCAUUCAUCACUCCGACUGCCGCCUCCGCCAUUCGCCCAGCCGCAUUGACCUUCCGUCCGAUUUCCUUGUCCGCAAAGCUCGCCCAAGAACAGCAAGAGAAGCCCGAGAAGCCCGAGAACGAUGAAACCGAAGCACUCGCACAAUCAUCGGAGGUUUCCGAGGACACUGUAAUCUCACCACCAACAGAGCAAGAUUCCGUGCCUUGGUACCUGCAAGUCGACACUCCCACGCCACAGCAAGAGCACCCCUUCGCCGAACGCCAGCGCCUUCCCGAAUUGCCUGAAUCUCCGCCUGCGCUUCUUCAACCUGUACUCGAACAUGUAUCAGUCGAACUUGGUCUGGACCAUCUCUCACUCAUCGACCUGCGCGAACUCGAUCCUCCUCCUGCUCUCGGUGCCAACCUCAUCAUGAUCAUUGGAACUGCUCGUUCGGAAAAGCAUUUGCAUGUUUCGGCUGAUCGUUUGUGCCGCUGGCUGCGUACUGAACAUCGCUUGAGCCCCUACGCCGAUGGUCUGCUCGGUCGCAAUGAACUCAAGCUCAAGUUGAGGCGCAAGGCUAAGAGAACUCGUCUUCUGAGUGCUGUUGGCGCAAAAGAGACUGCGAGUCAAGACAUCGAUGACGGCAUCAGAACCGGCUGGGUCUGUGUCAAUGUUGGUAGAGUUGAAGGUGGUGAGCUCAAACAGGUCGAACAGUCGGACGAUAUUGUCGGUUUCGGCAGCCAGUCUUCCGGUUCCAGAAUCGUUGUACAGAUGAUGACCGAGGAGAAGAGAGGCCAGAUCGAUCUUGAGACAUUAUGGGGCGGUAUCCUCAGGAGAUCAAUCAAGGGCCAGACUGACAAAACCCAAGAUGUCGACGAUGCAGAAAAGCGCGUGCGCAGCGGCAUGCUGCUUGAGGAAUCCGCAGAAGCUCCUGGCUCCUACCGCUAUCGUCCCAAUGUUGCCGAACAUCCCAGUGGACAACAGGCCCGAGCAUUCCACUCUUCUGCCAGAUCAUCAAUACAACAAGUGCCGUCAUCCUGAAUCACAUGGUCGAUCACUUCAAAGUCAUGAGCGCGAACGACUCCCAUACCGCACUUGGCUGUGACAGCAAGGAUCAGGAAUCGACUCCUUUCCUUCGAGCCUUCUAUAGUGCAAUGCCCAGGUUCCCAGAAACGACGCAUUGGCACUCGAACAUUGCACUUCGCUGUCAAGCUGUGCGCUCAGGUCAUGCCGGCUAUUCCUCUACAUGUCUCAUUGAAGACUUGGAGAGCAUGCGUCUUGCCUGUCUCGUACCAGAGGAGCGAACUUACCUAGCCGUGCUUGAGGCUAUCAUGCUGCCUCAU